UAAAAGACGAAGAGGGGAAGAAGAUGAUAGAAGCUGCCAAACAAAAUAAAAGCCUAGAUAUCCUCAAAAUAUGGUAAUUUGACAGACGAUUCAAAGCUUGACGAAAAACCCCAUGCUCUAUGAAUUGCAGAUCUUGCUAAACAAAGACGAAGAAGGGAAGAAGACAAAGAUGAUAGAAGCUGAUCCCUAAAUCCCAAAAUCCCCAAAUCCCCAAUUUUAUUCCUUAAACAACUUAAGGGUAUAAAAGUAAUUUGUAUAAUUUGCUGAUUUUGAGGGUUCGGAACUUCCAUUUUAGAGCUUGAGCUUCUUCAAUUGGGUUCCGUGUCUCCUUGUGUGGGUGCAGCUCCAUUUAUGUUCCCUCCAAGCUCACUCCAAUUCCAUCUAGGAUUCGUCUAAUUCCUUGCUCUUUCAAUCGAUCAAUUUCGUGUUCUAGGGUUAUUUUUCCAUCAAUUAUGGUCAUAUCUUCUUCAUCCUUUAUGUCUUGCCUUGGAAUUUCCCAAAAUCUUCGUGUCUUCGGCCCUGGUUUGAAUCCGUUUGCUCCCUAUUGUAUUGCCCAUCACUCCGUUGCUUCUCGCUAAUUCCCUUCUUUCGCUCUCUUCUACCUUCAAUAUCUAUCAUGUAAAUCGCCCGUCCCCGUUGUCGUUGUUGUUUUUCUUCCUGGGACUCUGGUUUACAGAUUCUUCUGCAGGAAUUUGUUAUCGUUCGUCAAUCGCGGUGAAAUUCGAGUUUCAAAGAACAUGUAAUUGGGUGCUUUAUCAAUCCUGGUGAAAGUUAAGCGGGCUUCUGUUUUUUUUUUUUUCCUUGUUUGUCUUUGGGUUUUUGUUGAGAUUUUAGAAUCUGGGUAUCGGUGAUUGUUCGAAGAAUCGGUAAGAUAUGCCCCAAGAGCAGCCGUUACGGAGAACCUUGUCCAGAAAACGGUCUAUGAGAUUGGGAGAUGGUAGGGAUGACAGGGGUUGGACUCUGCUUCACAUUGGAGCACGAAAAGGUGAUCUCAAGGAGGUAUGCAUGCUUCAAGCUCUCACUCUUGUACAUUACCAGUUUAGUGUUUAUCAACAUUAUUGUUUUUUUCCUCCUCCUUUCCAAUUUUGAGAUGGCAUGGCAGGUUCUCUAUUUCAGUUUUUAAUGAGGAAUUAACUGGUUGAAUACUGAUACUAUUGAAUCUUGCAACCUCUAAGUACCAAAAAGAUUGAAAAAUAAAUUUCAACUCUGCAGUUAUUAUGAGGUGAGGAUCUCAUGCCGGCAGUACAAGUAAUGUCUUUUUCAUGUCUAAUAAUAGUAAAAUUUUAGACAUGAAUUUAGUUAGAAAAUAAACAUAUAAAUCGAGUAUGUGUUAGAUUAUCUUAUUAUACAGCACUUGGCUGUUGAUUUGGAACCAAAAUUGUUGACACUGCUGCUUUGUGUUUUAUAGAAGCAAGAAUAUUUAAGACUUACUUUUCUGCUUGCAGUUGCUGAAUUGCUUGUCUCUUGAAGCUAAAGUUGUAUCUAGCUUUUAUUGCAUACUUUUUAAUGGUUGAAUGUAAAAUUGUAGCUAUUUAGUGAUUGUUUGUGUUUAUGCAGUACGGAAGCCAAUGUAAGUUGGCUGGAAUCUUUAUAGGAACUCAUUCCCUUAGUUCAGGUUCAGGAAAUAGAGGGGAAAAUAAAAUCAUCAGAUAAGAUAUUUGCAAGUGAAGAACCUUUUAUGGAGUGUGUUGGUACCUGGCUGCAGCCACCAAAAGUAGAUUUGUUGGUGUCUCCUGCUUUGCUUUGUCAGUUAUAUGUCUUGGCUUUC